AUGGAAGACGUGCAUGUGAUGCGACAGAAAAGAUGGACAGCCGUCAUCGAUGACGGGGCAGAGGGGCUCUUGGAACAGCGACAUGUGGAAUGGGGGGUUGACGUUCGCCACGCGUUUCUGGCAUCGCCUGCCUUCUCGGCUGGUUAUUUCUGGCUAGCCGCUUCUAUUACACGUAUCUGCGUGUUUGGACAUUUGAUCGCCGUCGCCGUCGCCGUCGGCCACCGCCAUGUCUUUCACAGAGUUUCGACGGCGUUCGUCGACGCGAAGUUCAGGAAGCGGAAACCGACGAGGAAGCAUAUUCGACUUGCUGUUUCUGCUGCAUUACAAAAACCGCGGAAAAACAAAGAGGUCGCUCAGAAACGAAGGGUAAGUCGAGUUAGGUUGACGGUUAGGUGUGCUAGUCGUGCGGUCGUUGUAUCGUCCAUUCCCUCAUCCCUCAUUUCCUUGCUUGUCGUGUCCGUGCCGGCGUCGGACAACGAUUCGAUUCGAAACAAUUCACUCACUGUUCGUCGUGCAUUCGGUCGCUCUGACUUCAAGUAUAAGAAUUGA